AUGGCAAGAGUUGUAAAGAUAUUGGUGAUACUUGUCCUAUGUCUAUCGUUGACCAGAGGAGUAACUUAUCCGGAGUUUAAAUUUCUCAGGAAACUCCUUGAUGUUAUCAGAAAAGAGGAACCUAUUCGAACGAUACUAAUAAUCAAGCACAGUCAGGAUAGAAACUGUUCUCUUCAGCAUUGGAAUCCGCGUGGAGUACCCAUCCUAAGGGCCAAUGAAUUUUCCUCCAUCAAGGUUAGAGGAUAUUUUGAUGAUCAAUCGAUUGCUUUAGUCUGCAUUAGCGAUGAUUCAGACUCAAAGCUCCUCGAAGUCUUGGCAAACGCUUUUGACAAAAUGCGACAGGAAAGAAUCAUACUGUGGAAACAAGAAGAACCCAAAAAAGAGUUGCUGGAACAUAUUACCAAGCAAUCCAUAAAAUGGAAAUUUAUACGAGUAAUAUUGCUGGCGAAUGCGAAAGAUCCCAGUGGAAUGCUAUCAUUUUACCGUAUGAAUGCAUUUCCCAAUCCACAAUUUACCAAAAUCAAAGUUACUUCGCAUUUCAAGAACAUAUCAUUUUUCGAUUUUGAAUAUACAUAUCAUGGUGCUACGGCUGUCGUAAAGGAAAGUAAAGAUUCUACAGUACACUAUAAACUUAAUACUUCGACCGGCAAUAUUUUCGUAUCCCAAGUCGAAGAUUUGGAAAUCAUUGAGUUUGCCAAUAAGUAUAACUUGACUUUGAGAAUGUAUGAUGAAAAUGACAGCAAGACAGACCAUUUUGAUUUCCAGUUACAUCAACGCUUCAUAACCCAUGAUUCUCCCACCCAAAUGGACUUCAUAAACCCCGGUUCAGCCACCUCGUUAAUGGUUUUGGUGCCCUGCAGUCGAGAGUGCGGCUUUGUGGAUGUGGUCAAGAUGUUUGAAUCACAGAGUUGGCUUUUGUAUCUUUUCUACGUUUAUUUGGCUUUCGUUUUGAUAGAGACCUUCAUACUUUGGUUGACACAUCGUAUAUCCGGAAAAGGACACCGAUUGACCAGCUUGAAUCCGCUCCUGAAUCUUCGUGCUUUUCGAGCUAUAUUGGGCCUGCCAUUUCCGGAGAUUCGCAGUUCAAGCAUUUCACUUCGUCAACUCUCUCUGGCCAUCAGUAUUUUUGGAUUUAUCUCCAGCAACUUUGUAAGCUGCAAGCUCAGUUCUCUGCUAACGAAGCCUUUUCUAAGGUCUCAGGUGAGAAACUUCGAGGAGUUGCGGGCCAGCGGAUUGAUUACUAUCACGGAUGCGUACACUCGCUUCUUUAUAGAAAGUGAAAUCGAUCCACAGUUUUUUAAUGAAGUUAUACCGAAUUACGUCAUUUUAGGCAAACACGAACGACUUAGGAUGCUUUUUCAUUUAAACGACAGCUUUAGCUUUAUAAUACCCAAAAGAUUAUGGCUAACGGUCGAUCAAUUUCAAAAAUCAGUGGGAGAGAAGGUCUUUUGCGAAUCAAAGAAUUUGAUUAUAGUGGAGGAUAUACCAAGGAUGUAUGUUCUGGAGAACAAUUCCAUCUACCGAUGGAUGUUGACAAGGUUCCUGAUUUAUAUUCACGAAUCCGGCAUCAUUCCAUUGUUGGUGGCCGCCCAGGAAAAUUUCGAUGAUAAAGACAGCCGUGGCGAGCCCAUAUCCACAUCCAAGAACAGUCCACAACCACUUCAAGUGAUUCACGGAUAA